UGUACGACACAGUGGGUGCUCUGUCGUGUUUUGUGUUUUGGAGCAUACCUUGCCGUCGAUGUAGUGAUACAAGUUGAUGAUUACUGAGACUACACGGGGAGUGUACAAAAUGUAGACCGACAUAGUGAUUCCCAGUGAAAACCGUGGAAACGUCGUUAAUGACGAAGGCAGAACACUCCACACGAGAGAGCACAUCGUUCGGGCCGCGACUUUUCUCACAACGCGUAUCGAUCUUUUCAUAGGCGAUGCAUCUUCCUUGCCUGUUCUACUGUGUUUGUAAACUAUUGAUCUUGCCCAUCGAAGAUCGGUGAAACCUCCUCGAUCGCCAAAUCGUCAGGAUCAAGAAUGGAAAUCGUCGGCGACUACGAGUACAACACGAAAGAUCUGAUAGGCCACGGCGCAUUCGCCGUGGUCUUCAGAGGUAGACAUCGUAAAAAACCAAAUUUUGUGGUAGCAAUCAAAAGUAUCACCAAAAAGAGUCUGGCAAAAUCGCAGAAUCUGCUUGGGAAGGAGAUCAAGAUUUUGAAGGAACUAACAGAAUUGCAUCAUGAAAAUGUUGUUGCAUUAUUGGACUGUAAGGAGUCCAAUCAUAAUGUCUUCCUGGUUAUGGAAUAUUGUAAUGGCGGAGACUUAGCUGAUUAUUUAAGUGGUAUGUGUAGCAAAAAAAUUUGUUAUCAGUGUAUUGAAAUGAUAUCUACAAGAAGCUGAAGGUUGCAUAUACUCACUCUGUGAUUUCAAAUUUGUUAUAUUUAUUAGUAACAUAGGGACCUUAAACCACAAAAUAUUUUGCUCAGUCACAACUGUGGUAAAGCAUGUCCGCAGCCACACCAGAUAACAUUAAAAAUUGCGGAUUUUGGUUUUGCUAGGUUUUUACAAGACGGUGUAAUGGCUGCAACACUAUGCGGAUCACCAAUGUACAUGGCACCUGAAGUCAUAAUGUCGCUUCAGUAUGAUGCAAAAGCAGAUCUUUGGUCUUUAGGAACAAUAGUCUUUCAGUGUCUUACCGGGAAAGCGCCGUUUCAAGCUCACACACCUCAAGCGUUAAAAUUGUUUUAUGAAAAAAAUGCAAACCUUGGACCUAAGAUUCCACCUGGAACUUCACCUGAGUUAUCAGAUCUUUUAAUGGGUCUCUUAAGGCGUAAUGCCAGGGAUCGUAUGCCAUUCGAUGAAUUUUUCGGACAUCCUUUCCUUCAGGGCUCUAGAGAAAGCCCGAGUCCAGUUCCCGCUGAACUUCCCGCUUCUCCAGGAACGCUAGUAAUCCAAGAAGGAGCUACAGCUGUUACAAGAUCAGAACCAGAGACAACAAGUCCGUGUUCCAGUCCUGAAGAUGACUUUGUACUUGUACCAAGUGAUCUCAGCAGUGACACAGACAAUAAUCCUAAUACGCAACAAGUCAAGUAUAUCAAACAAACCAGUAGAGAAGCAGUAAGUCCACCAAGACCCUGUUUCUUACCUAUUUCGGAACCAAUUCCUGUACCGUCUCAAAGAAGUAUAGCACAGCCGUCGUCUCCUUCGACUAAUAUAAGAUCUGGAAGCAGUGUUGUUCCACGUUCUCAACCAAUCAGUAUGAAACGAAGCGUGGAUUCCCAUAGGAGUCAUGCUCCUGAUAUUGGCUCUCUCAGUCCACCUAGUGUUCAGUUUGUGAUUGGUACACCACCUAGCAGAAGAUUAAGUGAAACGCCACCACCUCCAAACACAUGGCAGGUUAGUCCUGUUGCGAGGCAUUCGCAUACUUCCAGCGGAACGUCGCCGUUGAGACGUUCUACCGGAAAUAACAGUGCAUCCUCGCCAUUGCUGACAGGUCCGUUGGCAGUGUUGGGUUCCCCUACGUCUAGAGCAUUUCAGGAUAACAACAACACAUUGAGGCAUUCACCUAUCAUUCCUUUCGGUACAAGGGCCGUCACUCUUCCUGAAAUAUCUGAGGCGGGUAGUUUCCAAAAUCUUCUGCCGGAAAUCAAUCCUACAGCGAAAGACGAUCGUCCGUUAACGUUCAUCGCGCCUGAGCUCCCGGAGGAAACAUUAUUAGAACGAGAACACAACGAAAUAUUAGCGAAAUUAAACUUUGUCGUUGCCUUGUGCGAAUGUGUAUGCGAGGUUGCGAGAACAAGAGCAGGUCCUUUGGGUGCGCCCUUAGGAGGCAUUGAACAAGCAAGCAACGCAGCGACAAGGAGAAGGGCCGAGCAAGUAAUUCUGCUUGUUAGAGCACUUCAAUGGCUCAGUUCUGGAUUAAGUCUUGCGACGCAACAACUUAAAGCUGGACGGUUACAACCGACUGCCAGCGUUAAAGAAGUUGUGAACACAAUGAAUGAAAAAUUCAGAUCGUGUCUCGCAGAGUGUAAGCAGCUGAACAGCGCUGGACUUCUUCACCAAACAGGAGCAACAGCAGAUAAAAUCCUUUAUAACCAUGCCAUACAAAUGUGUCAGUCGGCAGCACUAGAUGAAUUAUUUGGCAAUCCCGCGGAGUGUUUCCAGCGAUAUCAUACAGCACAGAUAUUGCUGCAUUCUUUGUCGCAGCAUGUCAGUCACAGUCAAGAUAGAGCUCUCCUUAUUAAAUAUAAAGAUGCUGUCGAGAAACGCUUGUACGUACUUCAACAGCAAGGUUACAUUUACGCAACAGAUCCUACAUAGCGCUUAUGAAAUACGGCAGCAGGAUACAGCGACCCGCCCAAACCCGUACCGUAUUCCAUACCUCUCUUGUGUAAGAUAUUCUGCCCUAUUCUGUAUAAAAGAUGUUAUUUCAUUGAUCAUACUACAAAGACGACAUUGUAGAAAGAGAAGGCAAAACUAAGAUUUAAGCGUAAUAUAGUGAAGUUUUGUUAGAUUUACGCAGAAUAGGGUGGAUUACCCCAUGAAAGAGUACGAAAGUGAUUCUUCACAGGUUUCUUUGUAUGAUUUUAUUAAUGACGC